GCAAGUUCAAUGAUAGUAAGUUACAGUCAUCUUGAUAAUACGACAAUUAUGUACAAACGAGCAUAAAAAGAAUGCGCUGUAGAAACUUUCGACGACGACUUAUUCAUAAGACACCGAUAGUUGGCAAGUAGAUCGCUAAAACAACAGACAGCGCACGCUAACAACAGCUGUUAACUUAAGCAAAAGUUUACAUUUAAUUUACAUAAUAAUAAAGUUGAUUUGUUGAAAAUGAACCUUAAAGGCAAAAAUGUGAUAUAUUCGGGUGGAUUUGGUGGCAUUGGCCUAGCUUGCGUAAAAGAGUUUCUAAAAAGUGAUGCAAAGUUGGGAUUAAUCCAUAGCACUCUAACCGCGCUUCCUUAUAUGGAUAAAUCUAGUGGUGGACACGGUGGUACUAUAGAAUUACAGAAACCAUCCUUACAAAGGAUAUUUAUUCAAAUGUUACCUUUAAGUUGCGUCUAUGUCAAACAACAGUCUGCAGAGGUGUGUGCCAAGAAUAUUAUUAAAGUAAUUGAAACUGGUAAGCAUGGUGGUGUCUGUAAGCUCGACUCAGGCAAUAUUGACGAGAUUACAUAUCCAACGCUGUGGGAAUCCGUUUUUGAAACACACUAA